UUAAGAAAGACAUAUCAUAACCCAAAACAAGAUGGUCAAAGAUCUCACAUUUGAUAUCAGUUACGACAACGAGCUAGCUCACAUAUACUACGGAGACGGGAAAAAGCUUGCUGAUCAUUUACGGGAGAUUUAUCACGACAAGAAUCUCCAGUUUCCUAAUGAAUUCGACUCUAAUUUAACUACACCUCCGAUCCAUUAUAUGUCGGUGGAAGCACCGGAUGAAGCCGAUGUUGACGAUUUGAAGAAUGUGAAUGUUCCUCCUGGCUUGAAUGUUGAUAUUCUGGAUUGGCAUUUGUAAACGUUGGGAAGGGUUGGGCUUCUGCGCUUGCUCCUCGAGGUGUU